AUGACCCAUAAUAAUUUUACAAUUGUGCAGUCCAGUUUCGACGAUGAUGAAACCUAUCUGUGUACUUUGCCGUCCACUUGGGUUAUUCGGAAAGGAUGGAACAACGGUAUUCCCGACAAGCUGAGUGUUAUUGAUGGUAGUGACCUGUGCUAUUGGCCGAAAAAGGCUAGUGGAUAUCGCUUGCUGGAAAAAGCGAAAAAACAUCCAGCCAUCGAGAUCGAUGAUAAUUUACUUGCCGCUAAUAGAUGCAAAAUCAAGCGAAGUGGCUUUGAGACAUAUUCGGAGGCACACGAAGAACAAAAGAGAAUGGAAGUAUUCUCCGACACCGACGAAAUGGAAUUGAAAAUUAAAAUGAGAAAAGAUUCUGAUGUAGCUGAAUUAUUUUCCGCUAUAAAGCAAACUGGAUACAGUAAAGCGACUGGAAACUCCCAAAAAUCCACUGAGCUCUCUAGUCAGGUUUCAUUUUCGGAGGACAUCAUCGACUCUUCACAAGCGGAUUAUAUCUGUCCAGUCAAACCCACAGGAGUUGUUUCUUCUCCCGAAAUGAUUGCAACAGUCGCACCUGAGUCAUGUGAAAAAUGCCAAUCGUUGGGAAAGUUUGAGGACAAAUUACAUCGCAUGGAAAAGCAAUUAGACCAGUGUGUGUUUCUUUUGUCUCAAGCAAAUGCUAAAAUUGAUAUGUUGUCUUCGCGCAAGCAAUCUGAAGUCGAUAAAGAUGUCAUUGAACUUAACAAUAUUUCCGUGCAACCAGUUAAAACCUUACAGGAUUUAGAAGCACUUGAAAAAAAGUGCAAAGAUGAAAGCUACAUUAAAUCUGUUAUUCUUUCGAUGGGAAAUAUUCACGGAAAGCAUCGUUUCACUGGACAGGGUUGGACAGUAUGUUUGCAAGUGAUCGACUAUUUUCUGGAUCGGAAAUUUAUGCGUGAAGUUUCCUGGACGGGAGUUUCUAAAACCAAAAGCGAAAACGGAGAAGCUGUAACAAAAAUUGCGUUCUCCAAAUAUGAACAUUUUAUAAAUCUUUUCUAUCAAGUAAUUUUACAUGCAGAUGAACAGUUUUCGCUAGCGGCUUGCCAUAAUUUUUUCAAGCAGUGUAUCAGAAAUUCGAAACAGCGUUUGGAAGACAUUAAGCGAGUUCGGUUGUCUGUUGCUCGGAAGAGACGAAUCCCUGGGAAUGUCGAAAGUACGGAUGACGAAAAUAUUAAGCCAAUGGACGAUCAAGCUGUGCAUAAUGACAUAAGCGUUCAUUCGAAUGAACAAAAUGACUAUUUUCAGGUAUUAGCUGAAGAAUACUUAGAAGAGAUGAUCGACGAACAUGAACAAAACAAUGUAGCUUAAUUUUUUUGAAGUAUUUUUUAAAUAAAUAAAUGAAUCUUUUCAUGACCUACAGAAAAUGUUACUCUACUCCUUUGUUACAUUUUACAUUUUUUCGUUUCUUGGCAAGGUAUGUAGCAAAGGGAUGAAGAUGAUUUCAUCGGUGAUAACUACCGCCACCAGUUUACAAAAAAUUUGCUCGAAUGAGAAUAGUUGGCAAUCUUUGAAAUUUUGAUUAUUUUUUGUCUUAAACACGAAAAUA